GAUCGGCAUCGGGAGGGGUUCCUCGCCCCCAGGGUGGGGAGCCGGGAACGAAUGGUUCUCUGCGGGGCGAAACCUACGAUUUUGUAUUGUUAGACCUGAGGUGAGAAGUUUAUUUGAAGAAAAACCCCAACUGGAAGCAAACCACAGCUGAAGACGAGAGAACAGCAACAAGUGAAUUGGCCCGAGGACUGAGAACAGCAACUGGAGAGAACAACUCUGCAUCAAGAGACUCGGAUUUCCCAGUGAUUCAGUCAGGAGAAAGUUUGGUCUGAAAUGGCUAACACGAGAGGACAUAGUUUUAAGGUGCUUGGAAAUAGAUACCGAGGGGAUGUCAGAGGUUACAAAUGACAAGAAAUUUGUCUACUGAAAUCUGGAAUACAGUUUUGCUGUCUCAGUCCAGAUAUUUAAGAAAUGGAUCAAGGGAUUCACUCGAUCAUCCUUCCUGCUCAGACAGUGGGGAGGGAUUCACUCGAUCAUCCUUUCUGCUCAGACUGUGGGGAGGGAUUCACUCGAUCAUCUGAACGACUGGCAUGUCCAUCAUUCUAAUCAGGGGGGAAACCAUUCACCUGCUCAGACAGUGGGAAUGGAUUCAGUCGGUCAUUUCAACUGAAUGUAUAUCAGCAAGUUUACACUGGCAAGGCCAUUCACCUGUGCUUUGUGUGGACACUCCGGUCAGUUCACACUGGGCAGAGGCUGGUCCUCUGCUGAAUUUGUGGUGUAAGGAUUCACUCGGUCAUCUGUCCUAAUGGCUCACAAGCGAGGUCUCCCCGGGGAGCGGCCGUUUACCUGUUCGGACUGUGGGAAGGGAUUCACUCAGUCAUCUGAACUGAAGGUACAUCAGAGAGUUCACACUGGGGAGAGGCCAUUCACCUGCUCAUACUGUGGGAAGGGAUUCACCACAUCAUCUCACCUACUGAUUCACCAGUCAGUUCACACUGCAGUGAGAGAUUUCACCUGCUCAGUCUGUGGGAAGACAUUCACUCGGUCAUCUAACCUACAGAGACACCAGCAAGUUCACACUGGGGAGAAGCUGUUCACCUGCUCAGACUGUGGGAAAGGAUUCACUCGAUCAUUCAACCUACAGAGUCACCAGCGAGUUCACACUGGGGAGUGGCUGUUCACUUGCUCAGACUGUGGGAAGGGAUUCAGUCAGGCAUCUCACCUACAGAGACACCAGUCAGUUCACACUGGGGAGAAGCCAUUCACCUGCUCAUUCUGUGGGAAGACAUUUACUCAGUCAUCCAACCUACAGACACACCAGCGAGUUCACACUGGGGAGAAGCCGUUCAUUUGCUCAGACUGUGGAAAGGGAUUCACACAGUUAGGUAGCCUACAAGCACACCAGUUAGUUCACACUGGGGAGCGGCCAUUCACCUGCUCAGACUGUGGGAAGAGAUUCACCACAUCAUCUCACCUGGUGACUCACCAGUCAGUUCACACUGCAGUGAGGGAUUUCAUCUGUUCAGUCUGUGGGAAGAGAUUCACUCAGUCAUCUAACCUACAGAGACACCAGCAAGUUCACACUGGGGAGAAGCUGUUCACCUGCCCAGACUGUGGGAAAGGAUUCACUCGAUCAUUCAACCUACAGAGUCACCAGUCAGUUCACACUGGGGAGAAGCUAUUCACCUGCUCAGUCUGUGGAAAGUCAUUCACUCAGUCAUCCAACCUACAGACACACCAGCGAGUUCACACUGGGAAGAGGCCAUUCACCUGCUCAGACUGUGGGAAGGGAUUCACCACAUCAUCUCACCUAGUGACACACCAGUCAGUUCACACUGCAGAGAGGGAUUUCACCCGCUCAGAUUGUGAGAAGGGAUUCACUCAGUCAUCUGAUCUGCUGGCACACCAGUGAGUUCCACUGGGGAAAGGACGUCGACCUGUGAAUGUGGGAAGGCAUUCACAUGAUCAUCUCAUCUAUUAAAACUCCAGCGAGUUAGGGGCCGAUCGUCUGCUCAGAAUUUGGGGAGAGAUUCUCUCAUCCGUCUCCACAAGGCUGCAUCAUUAUGUUGCACUGGGGAGGGGCCAUUCACCUGUUGUGAAUAUGGGAAGGGAUUCACUCAAUAAUCGAACCAUGUAACACACGACCGGGUUCACAUUGAGGAGA